UAAGACGGGGCGGCCAUCUAUGCUGAUGUACUUCUAUCUAUACAUAUGUGUCUGGACACGCUCUGUGCCUCAUAUCGAUGCUGGCAUCUUGUGAUUUUCUCAUCGUCCGCAUUUCCCACCUCCCCUUCACCUCAAACAAAACAACAGGAAACAAAACAAACAAACCAAUACUUACGACGAUCUCUUACUACCAUUGACCGGAUUAUGCUGCACGGUGAUGUCUCUAUAUAGACUUCGUUUCCAAAAUGAGUUACGCAAAUCACCAUCCAGACUCUGACGCAACCGACGCUGGCGCUGCCCAGUUCGUCACCAAUCUCUCCCCGGAGCAACUCCAGCAUCUGCAAUACUCCAUCCCUCGCAACGACCAACCGCAACGAUACUCGCAGUUUCUCGAGAACCCCAGGCCGACUCCCAUAGCGAAUAGAUUCACCGUCGACCUCGCGGCACUGACCGCCAGAAACAUUGAAGAGGCGGAAAGGGAAGCAAAAGCUGCCGAAAAAGAAGGAUCAAAACAUUCGAGGACUGCCAGCGGAAAGAGCACGAACAGCACUACCAAGAGCUCGAAUAGUACGAAGAGCAAGACGAGCAAUAUCAGCUUUCCAAGCCGAACGGAGAUUAUCAAAGCUGUGGAAGAUGUCGUCUCUGAGAACUGGAGGUUCUACGUUACCGGAAGUUGUAUCUGCAUGUUGAAUCUUCUCGCGGCAUGGGACGUCACAUCUCUCCCCAUGGCUCUUCCUGCCAUCGCGCAGGCACUGCAAGUCACUACUCUCAACUGCCUUUGGCUCGGUAUUGAGUUCUUUCUCGUAGCCACUUGCUGCGUGCCACUUUCUGUGGAUUUCUCCGAGGCCUUCGGCCGAAAGGCAGUCGUCCUCGCGGCAUUGACUAUCUUCGCAAUCGGGUCCAUAAUCAGCGCAGCGUCGGAGAAUAUCACAGAAAUGCACGUCGGUCGAGUCGUGCAAGGUAUCGGCGCAGGCGGUAUCUAUGCGUUAUCGAAGAUCAUCUUGACCGAUCUCGUUUCCGCUUUCGACAGGUGGAAGUGGAACGCAAUUCUUGGGGCCACAUGGGCUGUUGGCAUCGUGACCGGCCCAGCAAUCGCUGGAUCGUUGGCAGAGACUGGCCAGUGGCGCUGGAUCUACUGGAUCAACCUUCCGUUCUGCGUGCUAGUAUCCAUAUUGCUGGCUCUCUUUGCGCAACUCAAACCUGCUACCGCGGAUUCCGUCCUACUGAAGCUUCGCAACAUCGACUGGCUUGGCUACGUUCUAUUCGUCGGCUCGCUGGCGUCCUUAUUUAUCGGACUAGAGUGGGCAGGUACGGUGUACACCUGGUCGAGUUUCCCAGUCACAUUGCCAGUCUUAUUUGGCAUUUCUGGGCUCUUGGUUACGUUGGUGUGGAGUUGGUUUUCGCCUUUCCCGCCGGUGGUAAGCAUGCGCCGAUUUCUCACCAUCACCAACUUGGCGACCUACUUUGGGAGCUUGGUGCUGGGCAUCAUCGUGUACGCAUUGCUGUACUUCAUGCCACUGUACCUCAGCAUCGUCUACUCCGAUUACAACCAGGUGGAGAUCGCCGUGAGCCUCUUCGCUUGUAGCAUGCCUCUCGUUCUGGCGGCUUUCGUCGCAUUCGUCGUCGCGAGCAAGACCAGAUUCUUGAUACCACAAAUUUGGUUCGCCUGGUUUGUCCUUCUGAUUACCAUCGCCUUGAUGUUGCUCUUCGCGCGAGACUCGUCCACGGCCACGUGGGUGUGCCUGGCCGUUGUUUCGGGAUCCGGGAUCGGCAUUCUAUAUGCUAGCCUGUCAGCAGCUUCCACCCUCUCGGUCCGAGCGAUCGAGAAAGGCGAUGGAGUUAGUGAUGAUUUGCAACAUGCGACGACCAAUCUGGUGUUUUUCCAGACACUUGGUCAGGCUCUCGGCAUCGCUUUUGGCGGGACCAUCUUCCAGAACGAAUUGUUCCAGAACUAUCGCAAGCUCGACCUUUCCGCUUUGCACGUCACCAAGAAUGCUCUGAACUUGCUGGACGACAUUCGCGGAAUGACUGCUGACAAUGCGACGUUCAAGUCACAGAUCACCGACGCUUAUGUGAAUGCGUUAAGUCCGCUCUGGAUCCUCUUGGCCAUCCUGGCUUCUCUAGCGCUCGUAGCGAGCCUGUUCAUGAACAAUGGAUGCGGGAAACAGGACAGUGAGAAGAAGUUGAAGUUGAAGAACCUGAACUCAGGUAUCAUGGUAUGACGAUCUGUCGCGCUGGAUUCGGCGACACGGUUUAUGAUUUUCCUUUUUGACGAUUUCGAUGGCGAGCAUUCACUCCAACUUUUCUUUUGUUUCUGAAUGAAGCGUUCUGCAUGACGAGAGAGCAUUGAUGGCGCUAUUGCCAUAAUUGGGCGGCCUUCUUUGGGCAUUGCAGCAUUUUGAUACCCCCCUUCCCCCUUCUACGAUGUUUUAUUAGUACUCUAAUCUAUUGUUCAA